UCACUGCUGCAGGAGUAAAACCCUAAAAGGCUCUGACACAGGCGUCGCCAGGAGUCCACUUUCCCUGGGCCCUCUGACAAAAUGUGAGCUGUCGCUCUCAUGGGGCAUGGACCUGACCCCGCGCUUCUUUGGAGAAAGAACAGGCCCUAGCUGUGUUAUCCAGGGCUGACCCCAGAACGCACUGCUGUUUUUCAUAGCCAGCGUCCACACAGCAGCUUCGUUUGGGGGAGGGAAUCUUGCCGGGAUACCUUGUGCGUUAGCAGCUCCUGCAAGCCCGGCGGGCCCCGGCGGUGAAGAGCGGAGACGGUCCAGAUACCUGAAGGAGCGAGCCAUCUGCAAACCAAGACUCGGGCCCUCACCAGCCGUGGAUCUACAGCUUCCAGAACGGUGGAUGUGCCCACUGAAGAUGGUGACUCCCUCCUGAGAAGCAGGAACACUUUGUACAGGAAAAGGCAUUUAUGAAGGAGAAUAUGAAUGUGUUGCUCAGGCUUGUUUGUGUCGUGACCCUGCUGAUUUCCCUGGAGGCUGAUAACUGCAAGGAACGUGAAGAAGCAAUUAUUAUAGUAUCGUCUGCAAAUGAAAUAGGUGUUCGCUCCUGUCCUAUUAACCAAAAUGAAAGGAUCGGCACUAUAACUUGGUAUAAGAAUGAUAGUGAAAUCCCUAUAUCUACGGAACAAGACGGUAGCAUCCAUCAACACAAAGAUAACCUUUGGUUUGUUCCUGCUAAGGCAGAGCACUCAGGGCGUUACUACUGUGUAGUAAGAAAUGCAACUUCCUGCCUCAAAGUUGGAAUCACUACAAAAUUUGUGGAGAAUGAACCUAACUUGUGUUAUAACACACAAGCUCUCUUCCAACAGAGACUACCCGUUGCCGGAGAUGGAGGACUUGUAUGCCCUUAUAUGGAUUUUUUCAAAGAUGAAAAUAACAAUUUUCCUAAAAUACAGUGGUAUAAGGAUUGCAAACCUCUAGUUCUUGACAAUGUACACUUCUCUGGAGUCACAGAUAAGCUCAUUGUGAUGAAUGUGACUGAAACGCAUAGAGGGAAAUACACUUGUCGCGCAUCCUACACGUACCUGGGAAAGCAGUAUCCUGUGAGCCGGGUAAUAGAAUUCAUUACUCUAGAGGAAAACAAGCCCCAAAAGCCAGUGAUUAUGAGUCCAGCUAAUGAGACAAUGGAAGUGGUCAUGGGAUCUCAGAUACAACUGAUCUGCAAUGUGACUGGGCAGUACAGUGAUGCUGUUUACUGGAAGUGGAAUGGGUCGGGAAUUGAUGAGGAGGAUCCACUACUGGAAGAAGAAUAUAAAUUCUUGGAAAAUCCUUCAUGUAAAAAACGAAGUACCCAACUUGCAAUGCUCAACAUUUUGGAAGUGGAAAGUAGAUUUUAUCUAUAUCCAUUUAUUUGUUUAGCCAAGAACACAUAUGGCUUAAAUGUAGCAUACAUCAAAUUAAUACAUCCAGUCCCCGAUUUCCAGAAGCACACGAUCGGGAUAUGUGUCAUGUUAACAGUGCUAAUUACGUGCUCUGUUUUCAUCUAUAAAAUCUUCAAAGUUGACAUUGUACUCUGGUACAGGGAUUCCUGCUAUGAUUUCCUCCCAAAGAAAGCUCCAGAUGGAAAGACCUAUGAUGCAUACAUACUAUAUCCAAAGACCCUCACAGAAGAGUCCACCUCUAACUCAGAUAUUUUUGUGUUUAAAGUCUUGCCUGAAGUCUUGGAAAAACAAUUUGGGUAUAAGCUGUUCAUUUAUGGAAGGGAUGACUACGUUGGGGAAGACAUUGUUGAGGUCACUAAUGAACAUAUAAAGAAAAGCAGAAGACUGAUUGUGAUUUUAGUGAGAGAGACCUCAAACUUCACCUGGCUGGGUGGGUCAUCGGAAGAGCAGAUAGCCAUGUACAACGCCCUCGUUCAGGAUGGAAUUAAGGUUAUGCUGCUGGAGCUGGAGAAGAUCCACAACUACGAGAAGAUGCCAGAAUCCAUUAAAUUCAUUAAGCAGAAGCAAGGGGCCAUCCGCUGGUCGGGGGACUUCAAAGAGGGGCCACAGUCCGCCAAGACCAGGUUCUGGAAAAAUGUCCGGUACCACAUGCCUGUCCAGCGGCAGGUGCCUUCACCCAGUCGCCAGUUUCUGGCCACAGCCUCUAACCCAGACACUAAGAAGAAACUGCAAAGAGAAAUUCACUUGCCUCUCGGCUAACCUGGGGAGGCUGGGGUUUUCUGAUUGCCUCUUGUCUUAUGGCACUGCAGGUGGGGCUGUGCCUCCUGCUGUCUUGGCCCUGUUACGGUCCCUUAUACCCAGCGUCACCUGCAAUCAGAUUGUUAAGGGAGCAGGGCGUGGUGACGUAGCAGGCAAAGCAAUUCAGAGCAGAGGCCUUGGGGAGGGCCUUUCAAGAGGAUGCUCUGUUUGUUCUGUUGAGAAAAGUCUUGGAGAUAUACCUGGCGGAAAGGACACGCAGGACAUGAUCACCAUCUGUAGAUGCUUCUGUGAAGUCCAGGGCGUGGCUGUGGCCCUCUCUGGCCCUGGAGUGGCUGAGCUGGGCAGGGUUGCAGGGAGAGCACACACAAGAAGGGCAACUUCUUGGAGAACUUUCCAAGGACUUACAAGUCCCCUAUAUGCCCAUGGCCAGCAGUCGGUUUCCAAAGAUGGCUUUUCCCUUUAUGGAACUUGAAAACUCUCAUUUUAACAAAGGGAUUCCAACAGUUUGAAAUCCCCUUGGCUUUCCACAGGAGAGAAACAAUUUUAAAAGCAACAGGAGCAGGGAACUAAUUUACCUCUUAGGGCUCUUCUCCCCGGGGUGGCCAUCCUGUUCUUCCGUAUUCUUUUGCCUUUUACUCAGCUCAUCCCUCCUUUGCAAGGACGGCUUCCCAGGGUUUCCCCGCUCUGUUCUGUCGCAGGCACACCCCUCAGAUAAACCACCCUUCCUAAAAUGCUGCUCUGCGAAACAGCUCCCGAGGGCUCAGAGCUUUAGUUCAGGAGCUACAGUUGGAGUUUUCCCACCCGUUGCUGCCUCCUCCUGACCUCCCCAAACUGUGCUACUGUGAAUUUCCGGGUCAGCGUCCUGAGCCUCUGCACCUGCCCCCAGCGCUCCUCCACCUAGACUGGUUUCUUGGCACCUGCACCUAGAAUUCCUUCUUGUGUUUUCUCUAGUCAGCCCAACACGUACCGAAAUACAGAACGGAGUCUAACUCCACAGUCCCCACAGGAUGUUCCUCGAGAGACAACUCGUGACGGCCUCUCUCUCCUGCCAGUGUGAGAGUGCUGCUGCUGGUGACCGCCUUAGAGGGGUUCCCUUUCCAGCUGCAAUCUGCUCUCUGCUGCAGGGGCCCUGGUGUCGCUCCUCUUUUUCUCACUGCCUUCUGCAAGUACUUUGCACACGUGAUGUAGAUUUGAGUGAUGCCUUAGGGUUUAAAGCAUUCUUAGAUUAUCUUAUUUAAGUUUUGCAAUGAUUCAAAUUUUAUAUAUGGAGAAAGUGACCUAUUUUUAAAAAGUCACACCGUUAGUUCUAUUCCAACUAGGACUUGGACUUGUGUGUCUGGCUUUCGGCCUGGGGUUCUGAGUGUUUAGGUUUCAGGUCCGUAACUGAUCCUUUUACCCCCAACUCGAUAUUUUUGAGAGAAGAAAUGAUAGUUUUCUAGGAAGCUAAUGAAUCUGGGAAUACUUGUAUUUAAGAAAUCAAAUUCCAAACUUUUGAUUGUUAGAAUUUAUGAAAAAUCAUAUUUAGAGUUUAUAAAACCUGUUUUCUUAUAAUUUUCCUUUAAAUAUUUUUAAUCAAAGAUGACAUUUUUUUAAUAUAGAACAAAUAUGUAUUUUUAGUAUGAUUUCAGAGCUUGGGAUAACUCGGAAAACCCCCCACACAACGGCAAAGUCAAGGUUAUGGGCCAUUUAUUGCAGGACAGUUGCACAGUUUGAACAAGUAUAUGACCAGGGACAUGUUUUCUAGCUUUCAUGUGCAAUCUUAUGGGUGUAUUUGCACUUCUACUUGUCUGGCCUGACAGCACCGUGAUAAUGCUGUCCCACAGCUGCUGCUUUGAGGGAAAGGCCUGGUUUGCACGUGGCAGCACAGCGUACAGCGGUGCAGAGGAGUGUCCUGUCCCCUGCGUCUGUGAGACGCUUUCAAAGUGCAGUGUGGUCGGUGACUUUUAGUCUCUUUUCUGGAAAACAUGUCGGCACGCACCGCGCCAGGAAGGCAAGGCAGUCCUAAACAUUACAAGUAGUGACAAAACGGGCCAGAAAAUAAGGAAAUGGGGGACAACCAUGGAAUACAAGUAGCCAGUCCCUGGAAUCUGGGAAAGGACAGAGUUAAGGGAGAAGCCUGGGCCAGCUGAGGUGCCUCCCAAACAGGAAGUGCAAUGUCACUCUCAGGGUACCUGGGAGGAUUCCAGAGGAAGAAGCCACAUUCCAGGGUCCCUUGAACUUCCUUUGCCUUUUGUCUCCUCUCUCCCACCCCAAACUUUUGAAAGCUCUUCCUUCCCUGUUGAUUAGAUUGCAUUGCACUUUGUGUUAGUGAUUUUUUUCCUAGGUCGACCCUAUGUGUUGAUGAAGGGUUUGCAAAGGCAACAGAGGAUUUCAUUACCAGACCAUAAAACAGACUGCACAGAAUCUGGAUUUCCCCUAUCCUGCCUUUCUUUUUCAUCUUAUUUGCAAUAAGAGGAAAAGUAUUGAGCCAUUUUGUAAAUGACAUUGUUGAUGUAUUAUGUUUGUACUGGUUGAUGAUGAAGGGUAUUUUUAAAACUUGUUUGUAUACUUCUGCAGCAGAUGUCAAAUAUUUUUAUAUCUCAAAACGCCAAAUUCACGUACAGCACACAUUGUUGAUCAAUAGACUGUACUUGUUUUCCAAUAAAAUUGCCAAACCAUGGA